AUGGUAGAGCAACCCGCAAACGUGGAUGCCGCCGUGAAUACCCCAGUUGUAGUUGAUUCAAACGAUGAUGGAACAGUCGCCCAGGAACUGGAAUUAGAGCAUAUGAGGAGUACAUUGGAAGAGGCGAUUAUGGAAACGCGCAGUACGCCUCUCGAAAAUCGACCGCGAGUUCCCCGCAUAGCCCUAAGCAAGCGGAAUCGGGCUGUCGUGAGGGCUCUGAACCCAAUGCUGGUGACCUAUUUGGAAGCCAGCCGUGACCUUUGCGAGACGAACUCAAUUCUUUUUGGCGCCGCGCUGGCAGUCUGCCGUAUCAUAGGCGUCAAGGUUUCCACGGCUGGACGCGCUACUGGCCAUAGUAGCGCUAUCCCAGCAUGGAGUAGAUGA